AUGGCCCUGGAAGCUGUUGUUUUUCCCUCAGAAUCCUUCAACCACGGUGGAAGGGAUCUUUGCACGGUGACUGGGGGAACGUGGGGGUACGAUUUUGGCGCGCUGGGGGAGGGGGAGACGUUGGCGGCGCCGCCGGGAUGUGGGGUGGGCGAUGGGGGCGGCGGCGCCGCCGCCGAGAUGGGGCAGGAACCGGAGAGAAGAAGAACGAAUUGGGUCGUCAGCUCGCCAUCGCCGGACGACGGUGGCGGCGAGGUGGCCGUCUUCGCCGGCGACGGCGGCGCUGCGGAGGGGAACGGGCGGCGGAAGCGGCGGAGGGCGAGGACUUGCAAGAACCGGGAGGACGUGGAGAACCAGAGGAUGACCCACAUUGCCGUCGAGCGCAACCGGCGCAAGCAGAUGAACCAGUACUUCUCCGUUCUCCGGUCGCUCAUGCCGCUCUCUUACGUUCAGAGGGUCUGUGUUCUGCCAUGGGGAAGAAACUCGAGCUCUCUCCCCCCCCUCUCCCCCGUCUGGUGAAGCCCUUCCUGAAUUCGUCCUCAUUUUCCGCAGGGAGAUCAGGCGUCGAUCAUCGGCGGAGCCAUCAACUUCGUCAAGGAGCUCGAGCAGCUUCUGCACUUCCUCGAAGCCCAGAGGAGAACCCACCGCCCGGAGGGUCCCGCUAACGGCGGCGCCGCCGCCUCCCCGUUCUCCAAGUUCUUCACCUUCCCGCAGUACUCCGCCUCCGCCGCUCUGUCAUCCUCCCCGAGCCCCCCCGGCGGAACCGCCAAGCCGCCGCCGGCGGACAUCGAGGUGACGAUGGUGGAGAGUCACGCCAACCUGAAGAUCCUCUCCCGCCGGCGGCCGAGGCAUCUUAUAAACACGGUGGCUGGUUUGCAGAGCCUCCGCCUCUCCGUUCUCCACCUAAACGUCACCUCCCAUGAUCAGACGGUCCUCUACUCCUUUAGUCUCAAGGUCAGCCGCCGCCGCCGCCCUCUCUCUCUCUUUCUCUCUCUUAUUCCGUUCUCUCUCAACGCCGACGAAUGGGCAGGUGGAGGACGAGUGCCAGCUGUCGACGGUGGAGGAGAUCGCGGCGGCGGUGAACCAGAUGCUGAUGAAGAUCCAGGAGGAGGCGGGAGUCUGA